UUGAGCUUGCGUUAUAAUAACGUACACCUAACGUCGACAAAAUACCUAUACAGGGUCUUUUCAUCGAAAUAUAGAAUGCAGUAGAAACAAGGUUGGCAAACAUUUAAAUACAAGAAUUUUCAUUUAAUAUAUGACAAGAAUGUAUUAUGUGGUUUUUACCAAUCGCGUCACAUAAACUAUAUACAUAAUCGAAUGGAAUUUCAAUGUUCAUCCGACUUUUGUCAACGAAGCUUACUUCUAUUAAGGUUAGGUUAAACUAAACGUUAAAAAAAACCAUUAUGCAAUUCAAAAUUGCUAUUAUUCUUUUCGCGAUUAACUUGGUGACGGUGACACGGAGCAUCGGACUCAAUAAGUAUCAAGUCCAAAAGGUUUCUAUUUUUUUCGAAGAACACGAAAAACCCUUAAGCAAAAUUCCCAAGGCAGGUUGCAACAAAUUGGCGAAUGAUUUUGGCAAAAAGAUUGUUCAACUGUUGAGACCAUCUGCAAACAAAAUUCUAAUGAGAGAUAUGGUAAAAUUGGCGAACGAGUUUGAAAUGAAAAAUGUUUCAUAUUAUUUUAAAUACAACAAAGAUGCGUCCAACAAUCAAAAAGUACAAGAUCUAUUGGUAUAUCUGGCCAGCUACGAUAAGGGUGCCGACGACUGGAGGAAGACACCAAGCUUAACGUCUUACGAAGUCAGAAUUUUAUUGGGCCUGUUUAAUGAAUUCAAUAUCUAUGUGCCUCACGCUAGUCGACAUCACUUGCUCAUUGCCUGUUUAAAUCUACACAAGUCCGUCAAAUACAGCUUAUUGGCCGUCUUAGACGUCCUAUUAGGAGAAGGUGGCGGUGCAAUUAACGCCGCGAAGUUCUUGGAAGGCUAUUUGAACAUAAAACCACAAGGCAAAGGUCUAGACGUGAAUCAAGUUCAGAAACUAAUCAGUUUACACAAAAAUCACAAAACAGACGAUGAUCACAUUAAACCUGUCGAAAUAACAAAGUUAUUCAACAAGCUCUCUAUAGUUACAGAAGACCAUAAAAACCGAUUGAUCUUUCCAUCCAUCCGAUCUGCUGCUUUGGAGUUGGAAGAGCUGUUGAUUGUUACUGUAGAAUACGACAAUGAGGUCGACGUAAAAACUUCCAGUGUAUUGUCUACCACAGAAGUGAGAUCUUUUAUGUGGAUGUUCUCUACACACGACAAAAACAAAAAUGGUUUACUUGGUGAAGCCGAGCUUACAGGAAUUACAACAACUGUUAGCGCUCUUAUUGCAAAAUUCGAUUCCGAUGGUGACCAACAUAUAAAUAUUGCAGAGUAUUUCAUGAUGAUUUUCGGAUUAUUUAUUGAUGAAACAAUUAAAUAUGAUAUACAUUGUUAA